AUGGCAGAAGCAUUCCUCUCCGAUCUUGCAAUAGAAAUAAUGACAAAGUUGGGUUCCCAUACUAUCCAGGAGAUUGGCCUGUACUGGGGCUUCAAAGACGAGCUUCACAAGCUCAACAGAAUGGUAUCCACCAUCAAAGUUGUGCUUCUUCAUGCAGAGGAGCUGUCAUCGGAGAAUCGUCAAGUCAAAGAGUGGCUUUCGAUGCUCAAAGAUGCAUUUUAUGAUGCUGAUGACUUGUUGGAUGAGUUGUCACUCAAGGCUUUACAAAAACAAGUUAUGACUGGCACAAGAAUGGCCAAGGAGGUACGCCUUUUCUUUUCCAUCUCAAAUCCAUUUGCUUAUGGUCUUAAAAUGGCUCAUAAGAUUAAGGCAAUCAGAGAAAGAUUAGAUGAGAUAGCUGAAAAUAGGAAGUUUUUCUUGGAGGAGCGCCAUGAGGAGAGGCGUAUUGCAGCUAAUAAGGGCAGGGACCAAACUCACUCCUUUCCACCUGAAGUAGUUGUUGGCAGGGAACAUGAUAAGGAGGCAAUUAUAGAGCUUCUGUUGAAAUCCAAUGAUGAAGAGAAUGUGUCAAUUAUUCCCAUAAUUGGAAUUGGUGGAUUGGGAAAGACAACAUUAGCCCAACUUGUGUAUAAUGAUGAGAAAGUCAAAGGGCAAUUUGAGCUAAAAGCAUGGGCAUGUGUCUCAGAUAAUUUUGAUGUAAAAUUAAUAGUUGAAAAGAUUUUAGAAUCUGUGUCUUGUCAGAAACCUAAUAGUAGCGAGAUGGAUGCAUUGAAAAGUCUCCUUCAUGAAAAAAUUAUUGGGAAGAAAUACUUGAUUGUGUUGGAUGACAUAUGGAAUGAGGAUUCAGAAAAAUGGAAUCGCUUAAAGGACUUGCUAGUUGGUGGUGCAAGAGGAAGCAAAAUAAUAAUAACCACGCGACUUAGAAAGGUUGCAGAGUUGGCUCGCCCCAUUGCUAUGUAUGAAUUACAAGGCUUGCCUAAAUCUGAAUCUUGGUCAUUGUUUGAAAAAAUAGCAUUCAAGCGAGGACAAGUGGUAAGUCAAAGCCAUGAAGAUAUAGGAAGGGAAAUUGUAGCAAAGUGUUUGGGGGUUCCUUUGGCCAUAAGAACAAUAGGAAGUCUCUUGUACUUUAAGGAUCCCGAAUCUGAAUGGUUAUCCUUUGAAAGUAAAGAACUCUCAAAGGUAGAUCAGUGUGAAAGUGAUAUUUUGCCUACUCUUAAGUUGAGUUAUAAUUAUUUACCUUCGCAUUUGAAACAAUGUUUUGCAUAUUGUGCGUUAUUUCCAAAAGACUACAAAAUUGAUGUUGAUGUGUUAAUACAUCUUUGGAUGGCACAAGGUUAUGUUAAGUCAUCCGAUCCGAGCCAAUGUCUUAUAGAUGUUGGUCUUGAAUAUUUUGGUGAUCUUCUUUGGAGGUCUUUCUUUCAAGAAGUUGAAAAAGAUGACCUUGGUAAUUAUAGAACUUGUAAAAUGCAUGAUUUGAUGCACGACCUUGCAAUGUCGGUUGUUGGAGAGGAGUGUACUUCAUCAAAUUUUGAGGUGGGAUAUACGAAUGAGAAAACUCGUCAUAUAUCAUUUAAAAUUGAUUGGCUCUCACAUGCAGAAGUAAUUUUACCUUCCAUGCUUAAGGCAAAUAAGGUACGGACAUUCCUUUUGACAUUUGGCCAACGGGAACGAAAGCCUCAAAUCAAAAACUAUGCAACGUGA